AUGGCCCGCGAGCCGGAGGAGGAGGAGACGGCGGGGGCGGCCGCCCUGGCCCGCGGCUGCCGGGGCUCGUCCGGCCCGGCCGGGGCCCGGGCGCCGCGGCCGCCCCUCUGGCUGCUCUGCCUGGGCGCGUGCUGGCUGCUGGGCGCCGUGGCCGACGCCGACUUCUCCAUCCUGGACGAGGCGCAAGUGCUGGCGAGCCAGAUGCGGAGGCUGGCGGCCGAGGAACUGGGGGUCGUCACCAUGCAGCGGAUAUUCAACUCCUUUGUUUACACUGAGAAAAUCUCAAAUGGAGAAAGUGAAGUACAGCAGCUAGCCAAAAAAAUCCGAGAGAAGUUCAACCGUUACUUGGAUGUGGUCAAUCGGAACAAGCAAGUUGUAGAAGCCUCCUAUACGGCUCACCUAACCUCUCCUCUCACUGCAAUUCAAGACUGCUGCACCAUCCCACCUUCCAUGAUGGAAUUUGAUGGGAACUUUAAUACCAAUGUAUCUAGAACAAUUAGUUGUGAUCGACUUUCUACCACUGUUAAUAGCCGGGCCUUCAAUCCAGGACGAGAUUUAAAUUCAGUUCUUGCAGACAACCUGAAAUCCAACCCUGGAAUUAAGUGGCAGUAUUUCAGCUCGGAAGAAGGGAUUUUCACCGUUUUCCCAGCACACAAGUUCCGGUGUAAGAGCAGCUAUGAGCAUCGUAGUAGACCUAUCUACGUCUCCACGGUCCGGCCACAGUCCAAGCACAUAGUAGUGAUCCUGGACCACGGGGCCUCUGUCACGGACACCCAGCUUCAGAUCGCCAAGGACGCUGCCCGGGUCAUCCUCAGUGCCAUCGACGAGCACGACAAGAUCUCUGUGCUGACUGUGGCAGACACGGUCAGGACGUGCUCGCUCGACCAGUGCUAUAAGACGUUCCUGUCUCCAGCCACGAGUGAGACAAAGAGGAAAAUGUCCACCUUCGUUAGCAGCGUCAAGUCUGUGGACAGUCCUACCCAGCAUGCGGUGGGAUUUCAAAAGGCGUUUCAGCUGAUUCGAAGCACAAACAAUAACACAAAGUUCCAAGCGAAUACAGACAUGGUCAUAAUUUACUUGUCAGCUGGCAUUACAUCAAAGGACUCCUCAGAAGAAGAUAAAAAGGCGACUCUCCGUGUCAUCAAUGAAGAAAAUAGCUUUCUAAACAACUCCGUAAUGAUUCUCACCUAUGCCCUCAUGAAUGAUGGGGUGACUGGUUUAAAAGAGCUGGCUUUUCUGAGAGAUCUGGCUGAACAGAACUCAGGGAAGUAUGGCGUGCUGGACCGGACAGCCUUGCCUGUGAUUAAGGGGAGCAUGAUGGUGCUGAACCAGCUGAGUAACCUGGAGACCACGGUCGGCAGGUUCUAUACCAACCUUCCCAACCGGAUGAUUGAUGAAGCGGUGUUUAGCCUUCCCUUCUCUGAUGAGAUGGGAGAUGGUUUGAUAAUGACUGUAAGUAAACCCUGUUAUUUUGGAAACCUACUUCUGGGAAUUGUAGGUGUGGAUGUGAACUUGGCUUACAUCCUUGAAGACGUGACGUAUUACCAAGAUUCUUUGGCUUCCUAUACUUUUCUCAUUGAUGACAAAGGGUAUACACUUAUGCACCCAUCUCUUACCAGGCCAUAUUUACUAUCAGAACCCCCACUUCAUACUGACAUCAUUCAUUAUGAAAAUAUCCCCAAAUUUGAGUUGGUUCGGCAAAAUAUCCUAAGCCUCCCUCUGGGCAGCCAGAUCAUCGCAGUCCCUGUGAAUUCAUCGCUGUCUUGGCAUAUAAACAAGCUGAGAGCCACCGGAAAGGAGGCCUAUAAUGUGAGCUAUGCCUGGAAGAUGGUACAGGACACUUCCUUUAUUCUUUGUAUUGUGGUGAUACAACCGGAAAUACCUGUCAAGCAACUGAAGAACCUCAACACUGUCCCCAGCAGCAAGCUGCUCUACCACCGGCUGGACCUCCUGGGCCAGCCUAGUGCUUGCCUUCACUUCAAACAGUUGGCUACUCUAGAAAGUCCAACUGUCAUGCUGUCUGCUGGUAGCUUUUCCUCCCCCUAUGAACACCUCAGCCAGCCAGAGACAAAGCGCAUGGUGGAGCACUACACGGCCUAUCUCAGUGACAACACCCGCCUCAUUGCUAACCCGGGGCUCAAAUUCUCUGUCAGGAAUGAAGUAAUGGCCACCAGCCACGUCACAGAUGAAUGGAUGACACAAAUGGAAAUGAGUAGCCUGAACACGUACAUUGUCCGCCGUUACAUAGCAACACCCAAUGGCGUCCUUAGAAUUUAUCCUGGUUCCCUCAUGGACAAAGCAUUUGAUCCCACGAGGAGACAAUGGUAUCUCCAUGCAGUAGCUAAUCCAGGUUUGAUUUCUUUGACUGGCCCUUACUUAGAUGUUGGAGGAGCUGGCUAUGUAGUAACCAUCAGUCACACAAUCCAUUCAUCCAGUACACAGCUGUCUUCCGGGCAUACUGUGGCUGUGAUGGGCAUCGACUUCACACUUAGAUACUUCUACAAGGUUCUGAUGGACUUAUUACCAGUUUGCAACCAAGAUGGUGGCAACAAAAUCAGGUGCUUCAUAAUGGAGGACAGGGGUUAUCUGGUGGCACAUCCAACCCUCAUUGACCCCAAAGGACACGCACCUGUGGAACAACAGCAUAUUACCCACAAGGAGCCCUUGGUAGCAAACGAUAUCCUGAACCACCCAAACUUUGUAAAGAAAAACCUGUGCAACAGCUUCAGUGACAGAACGGUCCAGAGGUUUUAUAAAUUCAACACCAGCCUUGUGGGAGAUCUGACGAACCUCGUGCAUGGCAGCCACUGUUCUAAGUACAGACUGGCGAGGAUCCCAGGAACUAAUGCGUUCGUUGGCAUCGUCAAUGAAACGUGCGACUCUCUUGCCUUCUGUGCUUGUAGCAUGGUGGAUCGGCUCUGUCUCAACUGUCACCGAAUGGAACAAAAUGAAUGCGAAUGUCCCUGUGAGUGCCCUCUAGAGGUCAAUGAGUGCACCGGCAACCUCACCAAUGCAGAGAACCGAAACCCAAGCUGCGAGGUCCACCAGGAGCCAGUGACAUACACAGCUAUUGACCCUGGCCUGCAAGAUGCCCUUCACCAGUGUGUCAACAGUCGGUGCAGCCAGAGGAUGGAAAGCGGGGACUGCUUUGGUGUGCUGGACUGUGAAUGGUGCAUGGUGGACAGUGAUGGAAAGACUCACCUGGACAAAUCCUACUGUGCACCCCAGAAAGAAUGUUUCGGGGGAAUCGUGGGAGCCAAAAGUCCUUACGUGGAUGACAUGGGAGCGAUAGGUGAUGAGGUGGUCACGUUGAACAUGAUUAAAAGUGCCCCCGUGGGUCCCGUGGCCGGAGGCAUCAUGGGCUGCAUCAUGGUCCUGGUCCUUGCUGUGUAUGCCUACCGCCAUCAGAUUCAUCGCCGGAGUCAUCAGCACAUGUCUCCUCUGGCUGCCCAAGAAAUGUCCGUGCGUAUGUCCAGCCUGGAGAAUGACAGAGAUGAAAGGGAUGAUGAGAGCCGAGAGGACAGAGGCAUCAUCAGCAAUACUAGGUUUAUAGCUGCAGUCAUCGAACGACACGCACACAGCCCAGAAAGGAGGCGUCGCUACUGGGGUCGAUCGGGAACAGAAAGCGAUCAUGGUUACAGUACCAUGAGCCCGCAGGAGGACAGUGAAAAUCCCCCGUGCAACAACGACCCCCUGUCAGCGGGGGUCGACGUGGGAAACCACGAUGAGGACUUGGAUCUGGACGCGCCGCCCCAGACCGCUGCCCUCCUAAGUCACAAAUUCCACCACCCGCGCCCCCACCACCCCGCACUGCACCACAGCCACCACUUACAGGCGGCCGUGACAGUACACACUGUCGACGCGGAAUGCUAA